UUCCACCUCUUUCUAUACAUACCUCUCCGAGCACGUCUUCGUCCAUCCUAUCAUUUGGGUCCUCCUCAUCCCGCCAAGAGGCCCACCCUUUUUACGACCCCGCACCGGCAGUCGCCAGCGUGCGACUCCCGCCCACGUCGUCGUCAUCUUUCAGCCCGCCACCCGCAUUCCACAUUUUUCAAUCUUUUCCACCAAAUCCUCGACGCCUCACUUAUCACAUCGCCGACACUACAUUUACAUUCGUUACUCGUACACUUACAUACCAACAGUCAAGCAACGAUAGGUUUUUAUUAUCAUCCAUCGAGAUACGGCACGCACUCUACUACAUACGAAGCUCCGAAGGGUGGACUCUCAGGAGCCAGACGAGGCACUUUGCUGAGCAGACAGUUACGACUCGCGAGUCGCAUCCUCGCCUCGUCUUCGCCUUCUUCGACCCCGUGUCUGGGACGAAUCAUCGACCUCAACACAUCGAUAAUCUGCGUCUUGUAAACUAUUAACAUAGAUGUUAUAGUCUCAUUACCGGCGCCACAUAUCAAGAUGCUUCCCAUAGAUUCUCCCUCAGUUUUUUCAUCACCAUUUUCCGCACGGUCCACCAUUGAGUCUUCGCCUGAAGCCGUUGGCGGUCAGAACAGUGAUCCAAGGAGCAAUGGACAUGGGAUAGAAGCUCCUGCAGGUGUAAUGCAGGCUCUGCUAGGAGAGGUCAACGGAUCACAUGCUCAAAAACCGUUACCUAUCACUCGCUCAUCUUUACCUGCACAACCUCAACAGUACCAAAGUUCCCGGUCAGAUAUCAAACCCUUACUCGAUACGAAACCUUUUCACUCUGUCUCAACUCCCAUGGCCGGCUCAUCAAAGGUGUCUGACCGGGUGUCAGCAAUGAACUCGGCGGGCAUUCCAAGCGUCAGCGCUAACACCGGCGCCUCCGCUUAUGGAGGAUCGAGGGCUGAGCCCCCUAAAAGGAUGUAUGAUGUCGAGGGGUUAUCAACUGUGGAUCCCUCUUUGGAUGACCUUAUGGCUGGGAGUAACGGACGUAAUCAACUCCUUCUCCAGGGAGACCCUCUAUAUGCCGAUAAAUCCAGAGUUGAAACGGCAAUCAGAGUUAUCAUCGACAUUCUUCGUCUUGCUCCUCUCCAUUCACCGAUUCCCCCACCAUCAUUACAUCCUCUGAUCCCGAAGGGCCCUAAUGGCGAUUUGUUGAUGACUUUUGAGCGCAUCUCCACUUUCCAUGGCCUUCGACUACAAGCUGGCACCACUACCAAGAAUAGCUCCAAAAAGCAGCUGCAAGCUAUUGGACAUAUUCCCAAAGACAAGUUGGCGUAUCUUGAGACGGCAGUUUACAUGUCUGGCGAGGAUGGUAAACGUGUAUAUGUCUGUAAGCGAUGUCGCAACCGUGAAACCCGUCGACGAGAAGCCAAGGACCGGAAUCGUAAACGAGCGCAACCCGCUACAUCUGAUUCUGAUGCCGCUUCACCUGCAUCUAAACCCCCACGGCAAUCACUCGUUCCGCCAUCAGUAGAUUUCAUUACUGCCGAGAAUCCCGAUGACUAUGAUCCGAAGAGAGCGGGACAGAUGGUGGAGGAACCUUCAUGGGAUCCGGAUUGUGCAGAUUGGAGGCACGAUAUUGUGUUGUUCAAUACCCCUGCAGAGGUCAAGCUUGAGGAUGGGAGCUGCAAUUGGUUGCCUUUCAGAGUGGUUUGCUAUGGGAAAUGUCACGGUGAAAAGGUCGGCUUCAGAAUCAAAUUUACUUUGAGGACGUAUGAUGGGCGGAUAUUAGCAACUUCCAUGACAAAGCCGAUCCGAAUCACUGACGAUCACAAAACUGAUACUAAGGCUAAACCCAAGCCUAUUGCCAUUGAAGGUCCGCCACAGCCUGCAGUGGCUCGACGAAAAGCUCGUCCCAAUGUCGCCUUGAUGGCAUCUUCUCGUCCUCAAUCUCCUAGUCCUUCUGAGGCAGAGAGUGUGCAGAGUUUCCAGUCACUUGGCGAAGCUGGAGCAGUGAUACAGAAGCAAACCCCGAGUGUUCGAGCCGGUAAACCCUACGAGCGACCUAUCCAAUCUACACAACCAUCCCAGGCUCCUUCUCCAGUGAGCUAUGUAGCCGCUCAGAUGGCAGGCCUGCCAUCUGCAAAUUUCUUCUCCAACGGUACCAAUGGCGUCACUCCCUCUCAUGCACCACCUCCCCAAACUGCACAUCAGCCAAUGCAGAUGUCUAAUGAUCUCAACAUGUCGCAGUACAUCCAUACUGUCUCUCCUCACGAACUCCGUGGCCCCCAAUUCCAAUCUACGUCUACCAACAUUAGUAGCUACAGCGUCCCUCAUUCCGGUACGCCAUCUGCAGCCUCCUCCACUGCUGCAAGUCCCAGAACCCAGAUGGCUGGUAUUCAAGAUGAUAUCAUGAAGAGCGGGUUUCCAGCUGGCUUACUGGAGUCGCUUGGAUUGAACAGACCCAAUGGUAAUGCAGGACAAGGACAAGGGCCGAUGCUGUACCACGCUCGAGAUACCGAUGCUGAAAUGGCUAACCUCAUUUCUGGCGGCUUCGACGAUCUUUUCGCUGGGUCUAGCAGAGCUUCAGUUAGCAGUAUGGAUAACGAUCAAGCGAGUGUCAGUUCGGCAUCGGUCUUUUCUGGAUGGGAUGACCGAUCAUCCGCGAUGUUCAGUCAGAGUGGGCUUCCACCGGGAACAACUGUCGUGGAGGACGUGGAUGAGGAUAUGGAAAAGUAUUUGGAUUACACGGGCGAAAAUGGUGUGCAAGGUGAUCACCAAAGAUCUCGCGUAGCAAGCAGCUUUAGUAGUCCGCUCACGGGGUCAAACUUCUCAGGAUUGCCUUUUGACGAGCCUUUCCAUUCACCUCUCAACUCGGACCUCCGCCAUCAAAUUCAAGAACAGCAGCGACAACCUAUCCCUCCUCAAUCUUCUUUCCCUGCGCUUGUUCCUGCACCUGCCCCAGCCCUUACUGCUCCACAAGCACCGCAACCGGCCAUUACCCACGUUAUUCCAGGCGAAGGUCCUAUGGCCGGUGGGCCUACCAUUGCCAUUGCCGGGCAGGCCUUCCAGCCAGGAAUGGUUGUUGUGUUUGGUCAACGUCCAGCAGCGACAGAAUUUGUGAGCAGUGGGUUCAUGCAAUGCAAGUUACCGCCGAGUGCUUUCGCGGGUGUGGUGGAGGUAACUAUCCAAGGUAUUGGGUCGGUGGCAGGAAAGAUGGUGUUCUCAUAUACGGACAUGGAGAAGGAUGCGAUGAAACUUGCUUUGGCCAUUCAAAGCCAUUACCAAGGUUCGCAAUCCGAUCCAACAUACCGUUUGGCGCAUCAAGUUGCUCGAUCGUCAAGUAGUCAGCGAUCCCACUCCAAUUCCGCUUCUCCUUCCGGUCAAUCCCCAGGUGAUAACCUAAAUAUCAGCGCUGCCGCAAACCUUAACGUAAUGGAUACUGGUGAAGACACCGAUUCUCAAACCUCUUCUCUCGAUUCCAAAUCCACCGACGAUAGCACCAAUUCUGAUCUUCAGUCUACUAUAAUCACUUUCCUAGCGUCCAUCGACUCUCACGCUCCAGGAUCAUUACGCGCCAGUGGAGCGAUUAACCACACCAACGCCUCUCAGCAAACUCUGUUACAUAUCGCGUCCGCCAUGGGCUUUUCCCGCCUCGUUCGACGGCUUAUUAUCGGUGGUGCUCAAAUUGAUGUGCAAGACACUAAUGGCUACACGCCCCUUGCUUUUGCUGCACUGUGUGGAAGACAUACAUGUGCGAGAGUAUUGAUUGAAGCUGGAGCUUGGUAUGACCGAGCGACCAAUUAUGGCGAGAUGCCCCUUGAUUUGGCCAAAUUUGGAGAACAUUCGAAAGUGGAGAGGCUCUUGCUUUCUGCUGUAUGGUCAACGACUGCGGAACCGAUAGAAACUGGAGCAGUAGCGGCAGUUAUGGCUGGCGGCAUGGGAGAAAGGGGAAGUCAGAAGGCAAGUGGCGGAUCGCCGAGGUCUGUUGCUGCCAGUCUUACCAGCUCAAUCGACGACGACAAUCCUUCGUCUUCUUCUGAAGUAGAAGAUGAUGUGACCAAGUUUCGACGGUCGUCUAUGCCAUCCCGUCCCAGAUCCAAAUCACGACAGUCAAAGGACAAAAGGCCGAUGUCUAUCAAGUCGGGUAGAUCAGAAAGGCAUCAUCUUUCAUCUAUUUCUGUCGUUCGUGCCCCGUCCAAUGUGGGAGAGACUAUGGACGACCCUCCUCCUUAUGCGCCGCCUACCGACCACUCUCGGAUCGGUGUGCAUCCCGCUCAUGCUGAUGAUCAUGAUUCUUGGAUGAAGGCGCUCGCAUCUUUGCCUCACGUCCCUCACUUCUUACCGUCGGGCGUAUGGGAUCACCUUCCGUCACGUCAUUCUCUUUUUGGCUCCGAUAAAUCUGCUCGUACGGCUUCAGAACAUGAACAUGGUUCAUCCAGUCAUGGAUGGGUUGCAUUCCCUACUCCGUCAUGGGAAACCCUCACCAGGAUGGCUAGUCCUGAAGAGGUCAAGCUGUUCACUCAAGCGAUGGCUGCUGCAGCGCUGAAUGCCGUCGUACAGACUGGUGCGACUACUCCCGCCAUUCGCUCAGGACCUCGGGCCAGGAAAUCUAAUGCUGGUCUUCCGGCAGCUGAUACAGAACUAGAUAUGGAUGCAGAAGGUGAAGGAAGAAAGAAGGGUAGAGAAGAUGAGGAAGGCGUGAAGAAUGGUAGCAAAAGCAGAAGAAGAAAAUCAGCCAGUGCGUCCGGGCUUGGUGGUGCGACUAUGGUGUCAGCCAAGAGAUCGGAUAGUGCAUCCCCAGACAAUGUUGUGAACCACGUCAAGCGCGAUCGAAUGCUUUACCUCUUCUGGCUUCCCAUCCUCUUGUUUGUCGGAUUUUGGCUUCUUGUUUCGGCUUUACCGAUCGCCACUGGCUUCGGCCUUAUCUACGCCAGGAAAAUUACCAAAGCUAUCAAGGGGCGGAUGUGAAUAUAAUUAGAAGUUCUCGAAAGUCGGCUGAGAGGUAUAUAGAUUAUUUGUUCAGGGAUAAUACUUAAUGUCAUUUCUUUCCGCAGUGUUGGCAACUUUCUAGAGUUAUAUAAGAGUAUGAAGGAAGGUUGACGAGUAUGCCAUGCAUAUACAAAGG